GCCUCAUUUGCACCUACAGAGAUUCACCCCGUUUUGUUUUUGUUUUUAUUUUUUUGCUUUUUAAGGAAAACAAAUUAAUUUUGCUUUUUUAAUACAAAGAACAUGUAUUUUACAUAAAAUAGAAUAUUGCUAAAUACAAUGACAAUUGAACACCCCCCCCCAUCUCCCCCAUUCCCAUAGAGCAUUGUUUUGGGUAAACACACAAGUAUUAAUAUGUUUUCUACCAAAAGGUUAUUGGUAUGGGGGUGGGGAGCUCAAAAGCCAUAUCCCUGGGCUCAGACUCAGGAUAGGACCAUCACCAGGUAUUUUUCUUGCCAGGUCUGGGCGAUGCUGCAUGGCCCCUGCCCAGUUACUGUCCAGGCUUUGGCUCUCAGGUUGAGGUCUGGGGCAGAUCUGAAACAGUUGCCCCAACACUAUCCAAGUCUAUGGUCCUGGCUCCUUCUGGCAUCCCUCCUCCGAGGUUCCCUGUCCCUCAUGUAAAUAGAUGCCAGCUGAGACCACCCCAUCUGUACUGCCCAGAGCAAUGAAUCAGUCCAGGGUGCUCACACUGGGGCUCAGCAUGCUCCUACCCACCAUAUGUAAAUGCCAAAGAUCAGAGAGUAAAGAAGGCUGAUGGGGCAGGAGGUGGGGUCUUGAGCCCAUGUUUAUAGGAUAGAUAAGGGUGGGAUGUUGCCUCAGGUGAGGUGAGGAGGAAGGAGCAGGCCUCUUGGCACUGUGACUAGGAGGCCACUGAACUGAAGGUCAGUGCAGUGUGGUUCCCUGGUUGGGAAUUUUGCCCCUGGUCUAGGGCUAGGAUUUUGUCAGUAGAUGGAGGAUAUGCCAGAACCACAGGGCCCUGACUCUCUCUGAAUAGGGAAGGAAUCUGUAAUAGAACAAUUUCAGCUGCAUAAGACAAGAGCCCAGCUCCAAGUACUUUGGACCAACAAGGAAUGAUUUAGCUCACAUAACUGAGAAGUCCAGGGUGCAGCUGGAGCCAGGGGCAUAGUAUGUGGUUGGGAGUGCACCUCCUCAUCUCUGGGCUCUGUUUCCUUUGUGUCAGUUUCAUUUUCAUUCAGGCUCUUCCCAAGCAGUGACAAAGGAGGGAGACCUCCCCUUCCUUCAGCUCAGCCCCAAGGGAAGAGAAACUAGUGCCUCUUUCCUAUUGGUCCGGCCAGAGUUGCAGGUUGCUUGGUCUGUCUUGAACCUGCCCGACUCUGAACUAAUCAUUUUAGAAAGGUGAAUGGAAUAUGCAGGUUGGCCAGGCCUGUUUCACAUGCCCACACCUGGAGCUAGGGAGUGGGGGUUAGCCCUCCCAACAGGCACAUGGAUUAAAGGGAGGAGAGAAGGCCCCCAAAGUCCAUCAGGAUUGGGGAAGGGAAUCUGGGCAGGCACAAACUAUAGGUGUCCUUUGAAGUGAAGUCAGAAUGUGUAGUUAGGAAUGCAGGUGAGAACACUGCUGUGGUGGGAGAGGGGGGCUGUGUCCUAAGGGAUCCUGGGAGCUCAGGUCUAAGCUGAGGGCAUACCAGGACCGGGGUCCCGUUGUCUGUGUGGCAUGGGCACCUCCAGGAUGACGUCUCCGGUCAGCUUCGGAGGCGAGAUGGCAGCUGGGCCAAAUGGGCUGGAGGAGUGGGUGGGCAGCGCAUACCUGUUUGUGGAGUCCUCGCUGGACAAGGUGGCCCUGUCAGAAGCUUACGCUCAUCCCCAGCAGAAGGUGGCGGUGUACAGGGCUCUUCGGGCUGCAUUGGCAGAGAGCGGGAGCCCUGACGAGUUGCAGAUGCUCAAGAUCCACCGCAGCGAUCCGCAGCUGAUUGUGCAGCUGCGUUUCUGCGGACGCCAGCCCUGCGGCCGCUUCCUCCGCGCCUACCGCGAGGGGGCGCUGCGCGCCGCGCUGGAGGGCCGCUUGGCCGCAUUGCUCACCCUGUACUCGGUGCCGUUGCAACUGGAGCUGCGCGCCGGCGCGGAGCGGCUGGACGCCUUGCUGGCAGAUGAGGAGCGUUGUUUGAGUUGCAUCUUUGCCCAGAAGCCUGACCGGCUCCGGGACGAGGAACUCACGGAGUUGGAGGAUGCGCUCCGGAAUCUGACUUUUGGCUCAGGGGGCCAGGGUGGCAACGUAGAGGUAGCUCCAGCCCCCAUGCAGUCCCUGGCCCCAUCUUCGUCGGAGAAGCCACCGCCACCGCCACCGCCACCAUCUGGCCAGACUUUUAUGUUCCAGGGCCAGCCCAUAGUGAACCGGCCAAUAAGCCUGCAGGACCAGCAGACGUUUGCGCGCUCAGUGGGCCUCAAAUGGCGCAAGGUUGGACGCUCCCUGCAGCGUGGCUGUCGCGCACUGAGGGACCCAGUGCUGGACUCCCUGGCCUAUGAGUACGAGCGCGAGGGGUUGUACGAGCAAGCCUUCCAGCUACUGAGGCGCUUCGUGCAGGCCGAGGGCCGCCGCGCCACGCUGCAGCGCCUGGUGGAGGCGCUCGAGGAGAAUGAGCUCACCAGCUUGGCAGAGGACUUGCUGGGCUUGGCGCAUCCCGAUAGCGCCCUGGCCUAGGCUGGGUACCAGACACAGGGACGGUCAGCCAGUUGCCCAGCCAGGGUUUGGAGCACCUGGAUGACUCUAGGGUCCCUUCUUGCUGCUACGGCUGCCCUGUCCAUUCACAGGACUUACAACCCUACUUAGUGGCGCUGCUGGGCAGAACUGACUGCCUUCUCCAGGAGUCAGACCGGCACCCACCAUGCCUGCUGCGGUGCCAUUGGGGAUUCCGCCCCAGAUACUAUGAUAUCAGUGUGUGGGGGUGAUCUGCUGCAGAGGUCGGCCUCACCUCACCUAUCCCAGAAGGGGGGCUUUUGGCCAGCCCUUACCUCUUCUCUCAUUGCACAAUCACUCAUUAGGCACCUGCUGUUGUUUCAGGCAUCAUCCUGGGUGCUACAAAUACUUUGGUGAACAAGACAGCUCCCAAUUCACACUCAAUAUGGGACUCCAAGUAUUAAGCAACAGUAAUAAAAUGUUACCUGUUUCUCUUUUUUAA